AUGGAUGCUUUGGUUGCUGGCUUCUGGUGGGGUAGUCUUGGGGACAGGCGGAAGACACAUUGGGUUUCUAAGGCUGUUCUUGGUCUUCCGAAGUUGAUGGGAGGUUUGGGUUUUCAGAAUUUCAGUGAAUUUAAUGACGCUUUGUUGGCUAAGCAGUGUUGGCGGUUGAUCACUGAUCUGAAUUCCCUCUGGGCUCGAGUUCUUAAGGCUCGUUAUUUUCCGCACUGUUCCUUUUGGGAUGCCAAAAAAGGUGGGAGGGCUUCCUGGGCUUGGAGUAGUAUUCUGGUUGGUAGAGAGGUUUUACGGAAUGGUUCUCAUUGGCAAAUCAUGAGUGGUGCGGAUGUGCGUGUUUGGGUGGACCGCUGGCUCCCAUCCUUACCUGAGGGGCAUUCGACACCGCUUGGGGAGGUGGCGGUUACUCCCAGCUUGCGGGUUUAG